GCUAGAGUUGGGACGUCAAAGCAGCUCUGUGGUUGAUAGAGAUCGAGUUCUCCGUCCCAAAGCACUGAUUGGAUUGGGGACAAUCACUGGGACACCCUGUCCAAAAGCCUUGAAGAGGCUGGUGGAGGGGGCAGCGAYCAGCCUUUAUCUCUGAGCCUCAGUGUGCUUCCCCAGCAUGUGUACUGGGAGCUGUGCCAAGUGCUUGGGGGGCAGCCUCAUUCCCCUGGCUCUGUUUGGCUUUCUGGCUAAUGUCCUGCUGUUCUUCCCUGGAGGAAAAGUGAUAGAGGACAACAACAAUCUUUCCGCGGAGAUCUGGUAUUUUGGAGGAAUACUGGGAAGCGGGGUCUUGAUGAUCUUCCCUGCGCUGGUGUUCCUGGGCCUCAAGAACAAUGACUGCUGCGGCUGCUGCGGCAACGCGGGCUGCGGGAAGCGCUUCGCAAUGUUCACCUCKACCAUAUUUGCUGUGAUUGGAUUCUUGGGUGCUGGCUACUCGUUUGUCAUCUCAGCCAUCUCGAUCAACAAGGGUCCUAACUGUCUCAUGUCCAAUAACACGUGGGGCUACCCCUUCCACAACGGGGAUUAUCUCAGUGACCAGGCCCUGUGGAGCAAGUGCCUAGAGCCUGACAAUGUGGUCUCCUGGAAUCUGACCCUCUUCUCCAUCCUGCUGGUGGUUGGAGGAAUCCAGAUGAUUCUCUGUGCUAUCCAGGCGAUCAACGGCCUCCUGGGGACACUCUGUGGAGACUGUCACUGCUGCGGUGGGGGAGAUGGACCAGUUUAGCAGACCUGAGGGCACUGCCUGCCCUGCAGCAUGUGGACAAUCCUCCGUUAGCCUCCUCUUCCCUGCGUUGCUCAUGCCCCUCUGCUUCCUCCACCAAAGCCUGGGGGUGGCAGGGCAGGGUGACCCCCUCCCCUUUCCAGCCAGCUCAGUUCAAGGUAGAAGUUUGUUAUUUUCAAAUUAAAAAAAUGGUUUGGUCACUUAACAAAUUCUAUUUAUAAGUCUUGCAAAUGAGCUCCUCUUAAAUUUAAGAACAGGGAUCAAAGCCAAUUUUGCAGAUUCUUUCCUGAAGAGUGUAAAAGGUGCCAAGGCGGUGUUCGCCAUGUGCCCUCUCUGUACAUACAAUGUAUCUUUGGAAGCUUUCCUUAAUUCAAAGGAGGAAAGCAAAUGAAAUACAAAGAGCUGAUUUUUUGUUUUCAAGAUUUAUGGGAGAAAUAAGAAUGAUUGAUGUACCAUACAUAAUUUUUAUUUGAUGCCUUUUUUGCUGAGUUGUUUGAGUCUUUUGAGCCUGUUAUU